UUCGACAGCGACGCCGAGAGUCCGAGGAUGGAGCCGCGGGCGCCGUGGAUGGAGCAGGAGGGGCCGGAGUAUUGGGAAGAGCAGACACGGAGAGCCAAGGGCCACGCACAGACUGAGCGAGGGAACCUGAGGACCGCGCUCCGCUACUACAACCAGAGCGAGGGGGAGCCACCUUCCCAGUCCACCAUCCCCAUCGUGGGCAUUGUUGUUGGCCUGGCUGUCCUAGCAGUUAUGGUCACUGGAGCUGUGGUCGCUGUGAUCGCUGCUGUGAUGUGGAGGAGGAAGAGCUCAGUCCCCUCACAGGAUAUUUUCUUCCCACAGGUGGAAAAGGAGGGAGCUACUUUCAGGCUGCGUCCAAUGACAGUGCCCAGGGCUCUGAUGAGUCUCUCAUGGGUUGAAAAG